AUGGAUUCUCCUCCUCCUCAGCUUACAUCGUUUUCAUCUACCACAUCUUCUGCGUCCGAUGUGGUUGUUAGCCGAGGAUCUGUUCGCUGGUUUAACCGCCGGUACGGUCGGGGUUCGACUCUGACCGAUGUUUCCUUGAGGGAGAACGCUUCGACGGACGAGGUCGACUUCACCUAUUCCUGCGUCGCCGUGGUUCUGCUUCUCUGGUUCAUGGUGGCGGCGAGUAUGGUGGUUGUUAUUUACGGACCAACGAAUGUCUGGAUUGGUCCGAAUGCAUCCAUGCUUGAUAAACCAAACCCCAUUUUCGUCAACAGCGUUCAGGUGAAGCAACUGGAUGAUUCAAAAGCUGGAGGACUUCAACUGUUUGGGUUCUAUGAAGCUCCACCUCUUGAUGUCUUUGUGAAUUGGUCAGAAUUCCGCUCGGUGUCUGUCUCUCGCAAAUCUUUCAAGGGAUGGCCAUACUAUCUGAACAAAGGAUCUUCUUUGAAUAUUUCAUACAGCAUUAAACCGGAAAACCGUUGGGUUCGGCUUGUGGUUGAGGAAGCAAAGGGAGGCUUCUCCAAGUGGUUACUGAGCGAAACUGGUUCCAACGACGAAACCUUCUCACGGAGUCUGAUUAAGGGGAGUGGUAUGAUGGAAGUGAAGAUAAACACGUCUUCAGAUUAUUAUGUUGCUGUGGUUAACUCCAACAUGACGGAUGUAACGGUGAAAGUGGAUGUCAAUGUGAGUGCUGUCUUGUAUGAUACUAAAGAUUCAUUCUUCAAGUGUGCCUUCAGCGACGGCGAGUGUACAUUCAAUGCAAUGUCUUUUUCUGGGAACUCCAUUCUCUUAACCUCACCAACGCCGAGACAGGGAGCAUCCAUUGGAGAAGAAGAAGAAUGGUAUGUCAGGUUCACAUUUCAACCUAGAUGGACUGCUUAUGUAGUCGUUACAGGUCUGUUGGCUUGCUUCAUGCUGGUAUCUAUACAACUUUGGAAAAAGUUCUUUUGGCAAAAGUUCGUACUACCGUAUAUUGUAGAUGAGUUUGAUGAUUCGUGGAGUUCUCAGAGAGCACGCCUACUUGCAAACAAAGAUGACGACGACUCAUCGUGUAACGGGUCUUUAGCAGGAGAUGAUGCUGAUCUUGAUGAUUUCGUGGGUGAAGAAGGAAGUAAAAGCACCACCAGACGUAUGUGUGCCAUUUGCUUUGAUGCAGCAAGAGACUGUUUUUACCUUCCCUGUGGCCAUUGCGUCUCUUGCUAUGGAUGUGGAACAAAGGUUGUUGAAGCUAAUGGGACUUGUCCGAUAUGUCGCAAGUGGAUCAAGAAAGUGAAGCGUAUAUAUACCGUGUAA